AUGAGUACUGCCAAAAGAAUAAUAUCACCAUUCAAAGAACACAACGAAAGUGCUGCCAAGAAAAUUAAAAUACAAAUGUCUGAAGACAUCAAACCAGAAACUAUCGAUGAAAAGUCGCGCGAAAAGGAAGAAAAUUAUGAUUUUCUCUUUGACCAGGAGGAUGAUUUCGAUUUGUCAGAAUUUGAGGCAGCAGAGAAAGAAUCACAAACAGAAAAGUUGGAUUUAACAGAAUGGAAAAGGUGUCUGGUCAGAGAAGUGGAGAGAGAAAAGAAAACAUUUGCUUUGAUUUUAAAAGUGUCUGGUAAAAAUGGGCGGGAAUUGAAAGAGGACGGAGAAGCUGAAGCCAAAUGUUAUUUACAAGGCCCUUGGUGUCAUACAAAAGUUUCUGUAGAAGAUGUGGUGUCGCUACAGGCUGAAUGGGAUGAUACUUUGCAGGCAUUUAAAGUAGAUAAGGAUCAAGGCUUUUGUGUGAUAAAUCCAGAUACUUUGAUAUCUGGUACCAGUGUGGUUGGCUCCUUAUUUUGUCGAAGAAAAGCUGUUUUGCAAGAUCGUUUUAGAGGAAUAGAUGCUAACAACAAAAUAAUGGUUGUGGGUUCUUUGGUACAUGAACUUUUACAAAUUGUGUUGGAAAAAAAUCUAAAGGAACUCAAACAAAUUGAGGAAGUAGCUACUGAGUUACUAAACUCCCAGGAGACAGCUUUAAUGUUAUAUGGCAGCCAGUUAACAUGUGCGGAUACUUCCCUAGAAGUCUUGCAUUUUGUUCGUAGUAUACAUCAAUUUAUGCAACAAUAUGUGGAAGAAAAGCAGACAUCUUCAUUUCCCCUGCAAAAGGAAAACUUUCAGGGUAGAAUUACAGAAAUACAAGACAUUGAAGAAAAUUUGUGGAUACCACAGCUGGGUCUCAAGGGUAAAAUAGAUGUAUCGGUUAAAAUUCAUGCCAGACGUCAAAAAGGACAAUUGGAUAGCUUUGUUAAAAAACAAGAAAAGGUAGUACCCCUGGAAUUGAAAACAGGCAGAGCUAGUUUUUCAAUGGAACACAAAGGCCAAUUGAUUUUAUAUGAAAUGAUGUUAAGCGCCUUGGGGAAACCUACACAAUCUGGUCUUUUACUUUAUUUGAGAGAAAAUCUAAUGCGUGAAAUUUUGGGAUCGAGAAAUGAGCAACGAGAUUUGAUUGGUUUGCGUAAUGAAUUGAGCCACUAUUUGUCACACUUUCCUGAUUUUGCAACACUGCCCGAUAAUUUGUCACUGCCUGAAGAAAAGUUUAUACAACCCUUUGAACUGCCCGAGCCCAUAUCACAUCCUACCGCUUGUUCUCAGUGUGCAUAUGCCACCUUAUGUUGCUCAUUUGCUAAAACUGACAACUCUCUGCAACUAAGAUCCAGUCAUCCUUUAACUAAAGUAUCCACUGAGAGUAUUUCACAUUUAACCCAUAAGGAUUAUGAAUAUUUCAUAAAAUGGUGUCAUUUGUUAAUGAUGGAAGAACAGGAGGCUAGAAAAUCGAAUUAUUUGCGAGCUCUUUGGUGUCAAACGGCAGAAAAUCGUCAAGAAAUGGGUAGAGCUAUUUGUAAUUUAAAAAUAUCUCAAAAGCCUGUGGAAAAAGAAGAAUCUCGCUAUAAACAUCAAUUUGUUUUGGAGGCAAAUUUGAAUGGUUGUAAAGCGGAGGAGGAGAAUACAGAGGGGGAUAUUUUGGAUUUAACUUUGAGUGGGUUUUCUAUCGGAGAGUAUGUCAUUGUUUCUACACCCAAACGUUUAGCCAUUGCUGCCGGGUUUGUCUUAGAUCUAACCACAUCCUCCAUAACAGUCAGUCUGGAACGUAAUUUGUUGCAAAAUUAUAAACAACAAACAUUUAUCAUAGACAAACAUGAUUCACAGUCAGGAAAUGUGUUUAAUUUCACCAAUUUGGGUUUACUCCUAGAUAACACAGAACGUUCCACAUUGCUAAGGAAAAUUAUAAUAGAAAAACAGGCACCCAGUUAUCAUAAAGUCUUGCCUAAGAUAAUAGCCACCGAAGGAGCAGAAAUAUUAAAACAAUUAAAUGUUGUACAAAGGGCAGCUGUGUUGAAAGCUUUAACCACACAAAGUUUUAUGCUAAUAAAAGGCUUACCGGGCACAGGUAAAACCCAAACCUUGGUGGCCAUAGUACGUUUGCUGCACAUAAUGGGCAAAUCAGUUUUGAUAACCAGUCACACUCACUCAGCGGUAGACAAUCUUUUGUUGCGUCUGAAAGACGUUCAAUUGCCUUUCUUACGCUUGGGUUCUUCGGCUCGUGUUAAUAGUCAAUUAAAGGAUCACAGUGAAUCAAUUUUAGCAGCUAGCUGUAAAACUGAAGUAGAACUCUCAAAACUAUAUGAUUCUUAUCAAAUUGUAGGUGUCACGUGUUUGGGUUCAGCCCAUGCCAUAUUUCUACAUCGUCGCUUUGAUUUCUGUAUAGUGGAUGAAGCCACACAGGUUAUGCAGCCCACAGUUUUGAGGCCCUUAUUCUUUUCUGAGCGUUUUAUAUUGGUAGGAGAUCCAGAUCAAUUGCCACCCCUUAUACGUUCUCCUCUGGCCAAACAAAAAGGUGCAGAUGAAUCACUAUUUCAACGUCUAGAUUGUGCGGAAGCUACCUCCGUCCUAACGCUACAAUAUCGCAUGAAUAAAACCAUCACCAAAUUGGCCAAUGAAUUGACAUAUCAAGGUGCACUGCAAUGCGGUUCUAAUGAAGUUAAAUCCGCUGUUAUGUACAAAACAAUUGAUCUAGCUGUUGUCAAGGAGAAAUGGCUGCAGCGUGUCUUACAAGCUCAUGUAGAUCAAUCAGUAUUUCUGUUAGACACUCUUGACUGUUCGGAAAGAUCUUACAAUUUUGCCAAAAACAAACAUAGUGCUACUUGUGCACUCAUAGAAAGCACCUUUAAUGAAGAACAACUACCCACCGAAGCUUUAACAAAAUCACCCACAAAAGCUUCAAGACGUUUAUCGAAAUAUACCAACUACUGUGAGGCUGCCAUAGUGUUUCGUAUAAUCACUGCCCUUUUAAAUUGCCAGUAUGAACCACAACGUAUUGGCAUUGUGGCUCCCUAUAGGGCUCAAGUAGAACUUUUAAAGAAGUUAUCGCAACAACAUCAUGAAUUUUAUCAAAAAGACACUUUAGAUUUCUCUGCGGUCGAAGUAAAUACUGUUGAUCAGUAUCAAGGUAGAGAUAAAGACAUUAUUAUCUAUUCCUGUUCUCGUACUGGUUCUAGUUCAAGUAAAACUGUUGAACGUAACCGUGAUGCAGAGAUUUUAGAGGAUAAACGACGUCUUACGGUGGCCAUUACACGUUCAAAACAUAAACUCAUUAUUGUAGGAGAUACUGCAUGCAUAAAACAAUAUACCCCCUUUGAAACUUUACUAAAGCAUAUACCAGGUAUCUGCAAAUUAAAGUUGGAAGAUGAAAAGUUAGGUUUCCACUGGUCAACUGUAAUGGAAGAUUUAUCACAGGUUAUUAAUGCAGUUUGAGAAAAAGGUUUGUAGUUCCAAACAUUUAUUUAUAUGAAAUAAUGUGUUAAGUUAAUUUUUACACCAAACUAUUUA